AUGCAGGCCUCGAUCCCGUUCCUUGUAUCGCUUGGACUGGUCGCUAUUAUAGCGCUUGUAAUAUAUGGCUAUACUAAAAGACUCAAACGACUGCGCAUUGAUUCGUCUCUCAAAGAGUAUACGAUAAUACAAGGCGCGCAAGAAAAUCUUUCAGCCAAUAUACAAGCAUUUAAAGCACGUAUUGCUAAGUUUGAAAAGCGUGUCUCAAAUUAUCAACAACAAACAUCCGUAACUGAUCAAUAUGUUGUUGAUAAGGAAGAUAGCGGGCGCAGAGAAAAGGAAAAUCAGAUUAUAACAAAGGAAGUUAGUGUUAUCUUCGAAAACGCAACGCAGGUUAUUGACGAGGUUGAGUCGAGAGUGCAACAGCUGGAGGAGAAGAAAGCGCUGCUUUUAGGUCAACUGAGAAAAGACGGAGCAAUUGAAAAAGUUGAUAACAUUUUGGAAAACAAGCGUGAGUAG